GUUCGCAUAUCGAAAAAUAUAAUUAUUAGAGGGAACGUAAAGAAAACCAUAAGUUUAUGAAAUUUAACCAAUGAAAGAAUCAACAAAGUCUGCCAUGAAAACUUGGGGAAAUUAUUUACGAUAAAAAGCAAAAAGUAUUCGGAAAUUCAAAAUGUAUCAGAAGAAUGACUAGCUUUGAGGUUUCUAAUGGUGUUCAAGCAAAUACAACAAUGACUGGGGUCAUAUUCCGGCGCACCAAUUCGCGGUUUGGAUAGUGCGCGCUCCUCUUUAGUGUGUUUGCAGCGGGUUGUGGAUUAUUAUGAGGCGUCAUGGCGUGGUGUGACCGUGGCUGUCAGAUUUUGCUGACCAUCGUGGGGGCUUUUGCAGCUUUCAGUCUCAUGACAAUAGCUAUUGGGACCGACUUCUGGCUCUAUUCCCGAGCGUACAUAUGUAACGGCACCAAUGUCACCACAGACGACUUGCAACCGAAGAAAACUAAAGGCGACCUGACGCACUCGGGGCUGUGGCGGAUUUGUUGUAUAGAAGGUAUCAACAAAGGAAGCUGUCUUCGGAUAAAUCACUUCCCGGAAGAUAACAACUAUGACACGGACAGUUCUGAAUAUAUCUUACGUAUUGUCAGAGCUUCCAGCCUCUUCCCAAUUCUGAGCAACAUCUUGUUGUUGCUUGGAGGACUGUGUGUUGGAGCUGGGAGAAUCUACAGCAGCCGGAACAACAUCCUGCUCACCUCAGGCAUCCUGUUUGUGGCUGCAGGUUUAAGCAACAUCAUUGGAAUCAUCGUCUACAUCUCCAGCAAUGCUGGGGACCCAAGCGACAAGAAGGAUGAGGACAAUAAAGGCAGCUACGGCUACGGCUGGUCUUUCUACUUCGGAGCCCUGUCUUUUAUCGUGGCAGAGUCUGUCGGCGUGCUGGCCGUCAACAUCUACAUUGAGAAAAACAAGGAGACUCGGUGCCGGGCGAGGCGCGAGUUCAUCAAGACCACCUCCACCACUUCCCCUUACUCCCGUAUCCCUAGCUACCGUUACCGACGGCGACGUUCUCGUUCCAGUUCCCGCUCCACAGACCCGUCCCGAGAGCCUUCACCGGUCGGUGUGAAGAUUGGAGGGGGGGGUGCAGGAGGAGGAGGAGGCGCCGCAAGCUUUGGGAUGCCCUUAAGUGACAUCUCCAUGUACGCCCUAAGCAGGGAGACCUUGAAGAGUGGGAUAGCUGGGUAUUGUAGUCCAGAGCGUGACUCAAGCUUUUUGCAGGUCCACAACUGCUUCCAGAAAGAUCUAAAGGAGGGUGUGAACAGGAGAACGACUCCAGUAUGAGUGUUGGAGACUUCUUGAAAAUAGAUUCUGCAGACUUCAGCAGAGAUAUAGGAGAAAUAUAACUGCACAAUACAGUACCUAGAAUCAAUGGGGAAAAUACAGUUACACAUCCCAGAAUGGCUUCCAUGUUGCAAAGUAACGAUGUAUCCAUAGAGAAUGAUAGAGGACUCUUCUUUGUGUCUGUCUCAGUGCCGCCCGGGAUGUAGGAAGGCUUCAACACCAGGAAUUUCCUUGACUAAUCAUGUACUAGCGACUAGUGAAGCAUGUCCCGAUUUUUGAAUAUCCUAAUCCCGCUGGAAGUUGCUGCAAUCUUUUUUUAAAUGUUAUAAAAAGUUUAUCUUCUGCUCCUUGUUCUUUGAGUUGGUAAACAAACUUAAAAGGUGCAUACUUCCCCCUGGAGUGUGUUGUUUGAACAGGUAUAAAGCCAUUGUAAAACAUUAACUGCCACCUACAGAUAUGGUUUGUUUUGUAAUAAAUCAUAAUUAAUUGGGCAAUCCCUCUUGAUGAGCCAGAUGAAAGCCCAUAGGGAGUCCCACCCACUUGACUACUUAAAAAAUGUUCAACAUCCUUAAUGUCGCUGCACAUGCUAAAUACGUUUUUUGAUCUAUCUUUUAUAAUCUAUCUGUAUAAGUGGACUCCUCUUUGGCGAAAAACUAAAUGGCCAUCCAUCAGAAAUGCUGCAAAAUAUGUUUGAUGCGGAAGGCAUAUCAGACAAAAGGUGAUCUACCAAGUUUGGUAAAGCUACUUUGUUUAUUUACAAAAACACUACAGAAACUCUGACCUUUAAAGGUUGGCUCAGCGAAAUGACAUUGCCAUGAGCGGCCCUGCAAAUACCAAGAUGAGCGGGAUGCAAGACUUCAGUCUCACACAGUCACAUACAGCAUCUGUGCAUUCGCACAGGCUUGCACCAAGCUGUUACAGCUUAGCAACCAUGGGACCUAAACAGUGAAGAAGUUCAGCAUUGCUCAUUAAUGUUUUUGUUCAUGGAAAUGUACCCGCUUUGCUGUUUACUCUUUUGCUUUGAUGUCAUAUCGCUGAAUCUACCUUUAAGUAGAAAUGCUUUUGUGAUACACGAUGAAAGUAUAAAACAUAAUUGUUUUGUAUUCCUCUUAACAACUGGUCUUCAUAUCUUGUUGUUUUUCAUGUGAUACAUUGUUGAAUUGUUUUGAAGCUAUAAAACCCCCAGAAGGUGUUGAAUUUUGCCUUUGCAACUGGUGCUAUACAUUUUCAAACCAUUAUUCUGAGCAUCAUUGCAAACCAACUUUUACUUUCCUUUUACACAGUUUUUACAGAAAUCACAUUUGGAAAAUUAAUCUCAAUUGGGAAGGAAUUAGCAGGAAAUCGGGAAUUCUCCAACCAGGAUUUCUGGAAAACCUUGGUAAAGUUAGCGGAAUUCUGCAAGCCUAAUCCUGAACCUUUACUUAAAUGGUGAUUUGAUACUCAUAUUUCCUCUGUGGUCUUUGUAAUGAAGUGGAGUUUACUGUAACCGUAUGCUAAAUUUUUCUAUGAACUGAAACACUGCCAUGCUUACUAUAAGUAAAUAAUCUAAUAGAAACACUUUGUAGAAAAUAAGACAACUUUUUUCAUGAGUAACAUUCCAAUCACAAAAUAUGACACUAUAGAAGUAUAGUACUUCAUUUGUUAAAUUGCCUUGAUUAAAUCAUGUGUUCAUUUGUGUAUUUUUCAAUUUGCUCAGGGAAGCUGUUCAUUAUACAGCAAGCUGAUCUUUUGAAACAAUCUCAUUUCCUCCCUUGAGGCUUAAUGUAAGUACGGUGGAUAUAAAAAGUCUACACACCCCUGUUAAAAUGCCAGAAUCUUGUGAUGUAAAAUAAUGAGACAA